GUAGGUAGAUACUUAACAAAGUUACGGUUCAAAUCCAGAGAGAUACACUACUUUACUUUCCCAUUAACAAGGAAACAAUUUCAUUGCACUACCAAACCUAUCCUACAUACAUACCCAUUGGUUGCUUAUCCCUUCCUUUCUGAUUUAUUCUAUUUUGGGUAUUUUAAUCCUCCCUUUUCCUUCUCUUGGCAAGUAAUAUAAUUUUUGGACUCUUUUUGUGUUCGUAUAAAACAACAAAUAGAUCAAGCCUAUUACUACAAAAAAAGGUACUAAAAUUAUUAUUAGUAUAGAAGAUGGGGGCUCCUUUAUCAUCAUGGCCAUGGGAAAACUUUGGAAUAUUCAAGUAUGUAUUAUAUGGACCAAUUGUGGGGAAAGUAUUGUAUGAAAUUUUGAAUGAAGAACCCUCAUACUCCAACCUCAGCUGGUGGUGCAUUCAUUUGCUCGUACUAUGUGGUCUAAGAACUCUACUACACGUGUUUUGGAGUUCUUAUAGUAACAUGCUUUUUCUUACUAGAAAUCGAAGGAUUCUUCAACAAGGUGUUGAUUUCAAGCAGAUUGACAAAGAAUGGGACUGGGACAAUUUCUUGAUUCUUCAAACACUUGUUGCUACCUUAGUUUCCUAUAUUUUCCCAUUUCUUCAGCAUCUUCCUCUAUGGAAUGUAAAAGGUAUUAUUGUUGCUAUGAUUCUACAUGUGGGAGUUUCAGAGCCACUUUAUUAUUGGGUACAUAAGAAAUUUCAUGGAGAUUAUCUUUUCAAAAACUAUCACUCUCUUCAUCAUUCAUCUCCGGUACCAACGCCUUUAACCGCUGGAAAUGCAACAUUUUUGGAACAUCUAAUUUUGAUGGCAGUGAUUGGAAUACCUAUCUUUGGGGCUUCAAUGAUGGGAUAUGGAUCCGGAAGUUUGGUAUACGGCUAUGUUUUGAUUUUUGAUUUUCUAAGAUGCUUGGGUCAUUGCAACGUUGAAAUAAUCCCACACAAAUUGUUCAAGGCAUUUCCAUUUCUUAGAUAUGUGAUACACACACCAACAUAUCACAAUCUUCACCACACUGAAAAGGACACCAAUUUCUGCCUCUUUAUGCCUCUCUUUGACGCAUUAGGCAAUACUCUUAACAAAAAUUCAUGGACAUUACACGAAACAUUAAGUUCAGGUUCAGGAAAUGGCGCUACGGUACCACGCUUUGUUUUCUUGGCUCAUAUGGUUGAUAUCUCAUCCUGCAUGCAUGUUCCGUUUGUUCUGCGAUCCGCUUCUUCAUUUGCAUACACUACAAGACUCUUCUUCAUCCCAUGUUUGCCAGUAACCUUUUUAGUUGUGAUGGCAAUGUGGCUUUGGUCCAAAACAUUUUUACUUAGUUUCUAUUACCUCCGAGGUAGACUCCACCAAACCUGGGUUGUACCGCGAUGUGGCUUUCAGUAUUUCUUGCCAUUUGCUACUGAUGGAAUUAACAAGCAAAUUGAGCAAGCAAUCCUCAGGGCUGAUAAAAUGGGUGUUAAAGUCAUUAGCCUAGCUGCAUUGAACAAGAAUGAAUCCCUAAAUGGUGGUGGAAAGCUUUUUGUGGACAAGCAUCCAAACCUUAAGGUUAGAGUUGUUCAUGGAAACACAUUAACUGCUGCUGUCAUUCUCAAUGAGAUCCCUCAAGAUGUGGAAGAGGUGUUCUUAACAGGAGCUACGUCCAAACUUGGAAGAGCAAUUGCACUUUACCUUUGUCAAAAGAAAGUUAGAGUUCUGAUGUUAACUAUUUCAACAGACAGAUUUCAGAAGAUUCAAAAAGAAGCCCCUCUUGAAUACCAAAGUUACCUUGUUCAAGUCACAAAAUACCAAGCAGCACAAAACUGCAAGGCCUGGAUUGUUGGCAAGUGGAUAACACCAAGAGAGCAAAGUUGGGCACCAAGUGGAACCCAUUUUCAUCAAUUUGUUGUCCCACCAAUUUUAUCAUUCAGAAGAGAUUGUACUUAUGGUGAUCUAGCAGCCAUGAGAUUACCAGAAGACGUGGAAGGUCUUGGUUGCUGUGAGUACACAAUGGAUAGAGGAGUAGUUCAUGCAUGCCAUGCUGGAGGAGUGGUACAUAGUCUUGAAGGUUGGACUCAUCAUGAAGUUGGUGCCUUAGAUGUUAACAGGAUUGAUCUUGUGUGGGAAGCAGCACUCAAACAUGGCUUAAGGCCAGUUUCAUCAAGUCCACACACAAAAACAGAUUAAAAAUAUUUGUCAUAAACAAGCAACUUUCUAAAGUUGUGUCUUAAUUAUAUGUUUUGGUAUACUAUUGCAUGUUCUGUUGGGAUUGGCCAUCAUGUGUGGUUGUAUUUAUUAUUCAAGUUUCUUUACUAUAUUACUCUUUCUGUCCCACAAUAUAAGCAAAAAUUUAUAAACAAAACUUAAUGUAUUUGAUUCAAAAUUUAUACCAAAUAGAACACUUAUGUUGACCAAUUUUUGCUUAUAUUUUGGGACGCAGAAAGUAUUUUAUGUUUUGUAUACGAUCAUAUUGAUCACAAACACAUUGACAGUUAUUCAUAAUCAUACCAUAAAUGAAGUUUAAGCAAAACUAGCCAGUUCACACCC